GCAUUCAAUGGUGGUUUGACGCCAUGUUGAAAAUGGCCGGGGAUCAGAUAACACGUGGUGGAGUGUGGAACCGGUUUUCCUGGCUAGCCGAGGAACUGCCGGGGUUUGGUGUGAAGGGCUCCCAGGUUAAAGUGCUGGUUCAGCCCGCUGACUUCUACCAGGAGCUGUUGACUCGGUCAAGAACUAGUCAAAGAAGAAUAGUUCUCUCCUCCCUCUAUCUUGGAACUGGAAACAAGGAGAAAGCUUUGCUUCAAGGGAUACAAGAAAAUGUUGAUGGAAAUAAGAAUUUAAGGAUAAAUGUACUGCUGGAUUGGUGUAGAGGAACUAGAAUGACCGGCCAGGAGUCAUCAGCCAGCCUACUUGCAAACCUAGUCAGUCAUCUUAGAGGACUUUAUAAAAGAUUUAUGCCUGCAAGAUGGAAUGAGACAAUAGGUUUGCAGCAUUGUAAAAUUUACAUUUUUGACGACUCUGUGAUAAUCAGUGGAGCAAAUCUGAGCAACGACUAUUUUACAAACCGUCAGGACAGAUAUAUCCUUGUGGAGAAUUGUGAAAAACUGGCGGAUUUUUACGACAAGUUUGUCCAGAAAAUCUCCGAAUUUUCUUUGCAAAUGAACGAAGAACAGACAUUUAAAAUGUCGGAGGAUUUUCCCAGUCAUCCGUUCGAGUCUAGUUUAGCAGAGUUUAAAACGGAGAGUAAUAAUAUUAUCAAGGCUUUCUUGGAAGAGGAGAAAAUUAAGAAUAAGAUUUCUGAAGAAGAUUUGAAUAAUUUUGAUACUUGGAUCUUCCCUACAGUACAAAUGGGUCCUUUGGACGUGACACAGGAUAGUGAAGUGACAGUUAGUAUUCUACGAAGUGGGGAACAAGAUGGACGAUUUGUUUUUGGUUCCGGAUAUUUCAAUCUUACACAGGAGUAUCUGCACGAGAUUUUACAUAAAUCUAAAUCAAACUUUGAUCUCAUAAUGGCGCAUCCCAAGGCAAACGGAUUUCUUGGUGCUAGAGGCGCGGCAGGAGGAAUACCGCAUGCAUACACACACAUUGCUAGUACGUUCUAUACACUGGUGGGAGAUAGGGAUAUGCAGCAUAGAAUCAGAAUGCAUGAAUAUCAGAGGGAUGGCUGGACAUUUCAUGCGAAAGGAUUAUGGUAUUAUCCUCCACAGAGUUCUCUGCCUUGUAUGACAAUGGUCGGUUCUCCAAACUUUGGAUACAGGUCUUAAUCGUUUGGUGGUUUUAGGCUC